AUGGACUACACAUGCGACUUGUUGUUUAGCUCAGCGCCGAGAUAUGUGCGCAAAGAACAGUCCCACGGCAAUGACGACGACAAGAGCCACAGUAUCUUCUCCAAGCAAAUCGUCGUUCAGGGUAUCGAUAUACCUGACAACAUGGCUAUUACUCAGAGAGGUUUUAUGGGACUGCCGUUCCUCUCAAACAUCGUGUCCGAUUCGCCGAAAGACGAGCUGAAGGCAAUCUGCGCUCGAGACAAGCUAGAUUCCUGGGCAAAUCUACUUCGUCGAUAUGAGCCAGCCGAGAGCAUGGCCAACUUGAUUAAAAGCUGCUCUUCAUGGAUCAAUAUAAGUCAGCUCGAUCCCUCAUUGGAGAAUCUCACACAAGUCAAACUGGCACACGCUGUGUACGAGACACUUAAAAACGCCAACUUCGACUGGUGGGCUACACGGUGUCGUUACAAAGCUUACGAGGAAGAUUCUGAAGCCGACGACCUUCCGUUCUCGCGUUCUCGCUGGCCAAGUCCCCCUCUCGGCACCUCAACAACGAUUGAGUUCCAAUGGAACCCUGACAAAAAGGUUCUCCAUUGGUUCAAUUUGAUCAUAAAGAAGACAGUGGAGAUCUCCCUUGAACAAUUCACCGACGGUACCGGGAUUCUUGAGUCCAUGGAGGACCACGAAGUCUUCAACCAUUGGAUUGAACUACGCAAGAAGCACAUUAGCAAGCGUCCUAUCUUGAAGCGCCUGGGAACAACCAUUUCACGCCCCAGAGCCCAGAAGCCCACCGAUGCUGCAGCCCGACGUACAUGCGUUGCAAGGAAGAUGAGAAAGGAGUGCAAGAAGAGGAAGGGAAGGAAGAAUUGA